UUAUAAUACUAAACAAUGGGGGCUGCUUACUCUACCCUCAAGUGGAAGUUUAAAGGGGGAAAGGCAUACAACGAAUAUGCUUUACAACAAGAAACUGAAGGAGAUAAUGCAGAUAUUCUAGAUACAGUAUGCAAACAGUAUUACUAUGUUGAAUUCAAGCAGGGGAGAUCUGAUUAUAUCUCAUUGUUUCUCGACAAAUGCAAAGAUAAGCAAGCAUUGUCAAAGAUAGAGAAAUUAGCUCCACAAGCAAUGAAGCUGGAGUAUAUUGCCUUUAGUCGCAUUCAGAAAAAUGAUAGGAAGCUUAGCAGGCUGAUAGGUCAAUUAAGAGUGAAUAAGCUAAAAAGGCUCUACUUUACAGCAAAAUAUCCAGGUUCAGUACAGGCAAAGUCAUGUAUGUCUAAAGAAUUAGCAGUUUAUUCGAUAUUGUUCAGCUUUUAUGCCAGAGACAUCGUUAGACUUCUUCCUUUAGCUCAUGAAUUGAUAGAGAUAAUUAACUUCAGAGUAUCACACAGAGACUUUGGUAGAGUCAUAGUAUCUUGUGUGAGCUCUCCAACAGUACUCUUCCAACAAUGUUGAAUUGUCAUCAAUGGGUUUGACUAUCUCGAUAAUGUUAAGCCUUCAAUCAAGCGCAUCUCUUUGAAUUAUAACACCAUCAUCCAGCCAGAAGAAGACAAUGAGGACUUGGAUGGGCUCAUACAGAAGAUGUCAGAGUCGAGUCUCAAUGACUCUUUAAAGCAGAUCACUGUUUUGGCUCUUAAUUCAAUAGAAAUCGACAAGGCAAUCUUAGCAAGGAAGGAGUACACUAUCAGAAACUUUCGUGUCAGAAUUUGGUAA